AUUAAGUCGGCCACAAUUCGCAACUGAUAAAUGCUCAAUUAUUUUUUUCGAACAUAUUUUAGCAAACACUUAUCUCGAGAUGUCGUUCAUUCGUAGCCGGUGUGACAUUUUUAUAGCUCGUGUUAUUCGAUAAAUUGUUACACAAGAUGCAUAGUAAAACAUGAUUAAGCAUCGCCUUACAAUGACUGGCAAGAGGCUAUUCAUAGUUUUUGUUGUGUUGCUGAAUGUCGUGUUUGGUGUGAGGAUUAACUUCACUAGUUGCCAUAAUACUGAGUGGUCUUGUGUGAAUAGUGUUCCAAAUGAGAUCGUUUACACCUGUUCGGCGGUUAAAAGCAACGACUUCAUCAUCCACCUAAAGGAUUAUUAUACGGAUAAUAUCGUCAGUGUGACGGUACAAAAUUGUCGCGAUUUGAGGGUCGUCCUAGAUUGUCCCUUAUUGCAAAGAUCGUCUCGAUUACAGAGAUUUAAAGUGAAAGAUUGCGACCGGCUUGAGUUUAUAUCUCUUUCUGCGACGUCCUUAUUGCAGACACCUCCCGAAGUUGUUAUUGAAAAUGUGAGGGAAGUAGUGUCAUUUCCAAGAAACACUUUCAAAUCGCCCACUACUAGUACUGAGCUUAAAUGUCUAGGAUCGACAUCUAUGAACAAGUUGAGAAUUGUAAAUAGUAAAAUCAACUCUAUCAACACAAAAGCUAUAUUUAACGUGAGUGGGAUCAAAAAUAUUGAAUUCGAAAAUGUUACCAUUACUGAUAUUUAUACGCAAGGUAUUGAAGCGAUUAUGAGCAGUGAUAAUUCUGUGUUUACAAUGAUAAACAGUAAAAUUACUAAUUUGGACUUCAAAGGAAUCAUUAUUCAAGCGUCAACAGUCAGAUUAUCGUACAAUGUUUUUAAUACCAUACGAGCGAACGGGAUAAACGUUACAGCAGAUAGUGUGUUUAUCGCCGGAAAUUUGUUUAAAGAAAUAAAUGCAAAUGGCAUAAUAACAAAUGCGCUAAACACCGAUAUAAUAAAUAAUAACAUCGAGUUUCUAAAAAGCAAUGCAUUGGAAAGUAUCAAGUGUUUGAAAAGAAGAACGAGCAAGAAACAAAUAAAUUUUUCAAGGAAUAACAUACAGAGUGUGGAACCGUAUUCUCUAUUUUUUAACUAUUCAAGUUGUAAAAAUGCCGGUACCCAGAUUAUAUUUCGUGAAAACAAAAUAGACUGUAAAUGUCGAAAUAUUGCGUUUCUUAAUUCACCAACUACCGGAUGCAAUAGUGAAUUGAACGGAUUAAUUUUGAACAUAGCCAAUAACAAUACAUGUUUUUUGGCUCCUUGUAUUUUGCCCAUCGAAAUAGUUAAACUGCUACAAGAGAGCGAUAUGUGUCAUUUGAACCUUGACCCCCAAGUUAUGUGCUUACUGUAUUAUGAUAAGAAUUCUAAUAAUACGAAUAUUGAAGUGACAACAGACGAAGAUGUCACGGAGCCGGCUCCAACAUUCUAUUUGAUAAGGCAAGCUAACUCCCGCUCCGGCGACGCUAGUGCCGCUAUGACGGCUAUCGAUAAGGAUGAUCUUUUGCGGGACAGCCACUUGAAUAUGACAAACAGGACGACUGUCAAAGUCGUGUUCGAUUCUUCUAAAGACUUUGUAGAAACGCUUAGAAGCACGGGCAGGUCACGAAGCAGACAAGAUGAGAACAAAUCGCCACCGAGAGAAGAUUACAUCAACCGUUGUGUCGGCAGUCAUUGUAGAAAUAAUGUUGCGUACGACAAGCAGAAGGCAUUAGACUUUUAUAAAUAUGUAUACGCCCAAUUGCGAACGCCGCGUCAGAAUGACAAUAAAAAUGAAACUUGAUUGGCAUUAUCGUUGUUUUGAAAUAAAACCGUUUCACCU